GGGAGGGAGCGUGGGGUAUGAAAAGUUUAACCGCCACACCCAUUCCACCCAAAGACAUCACAGACAAAUCUUUGCUUUGUCUCAGCAUCUACGGCUACGGACAGUCACCAUGGCAAUGGUAUCAGAGUUUCUUGGACAGCUGUCACUGAAUGAGACUGGAGAAAUCAAAUAUCCGACUGUAGUGCCUGUGGUGAACUUUGAUCCAGACAAAGAUGCUGCAAGAAUUGAAACUGCCAUCAAGACAAAAGGCGUGGAUGAGCAGACCAUCAUUGACAUCCUCACAAAGCGCACCUAUUCCCAGAGAAGAGAUAUCGCUUUUGCGUAUGAGAGGAAGACGAAGAAGGAUAUGAUCUCAGCCCUAAAGGGGGCGCUGUCGGGCUCACUCGAAAGUGUGAUCCUUGGACUGAUGAAGAGCACAGCCCAGUUUGAUGCCACAGAGAUCAAAGGGUCAAUGAAGGGGUUAGGGACAGAUGAAGAAACUCUGAUUGAGCUUUUAUGCUCAAGGAGCAAUUCUGAGCUGGUUCAAAUCAAGUCUGUCUACAAAGACUUGUUUAAAAAGGAGCUUCACAAAGACGUUGCAGGCGACACGUCAGGGAACUUUGCCAAACUUCUCCUAGCUCUUGUGCAGACCAAAAGAGAUGAGCCGUCUUCUGUUGUAGACUAUGGGAAAAUAGAUGAAGAUGCCAGGGCUCUUUAUGAAGCUGGAGUGAAGAUAAAGGGAACUGAUGUGGCCACAUGGAUCUCCAUUAUGUCUGAAAGAAGUGUCCCCCACCUGCAAAAAGUGUUUCAGAAGUACAGGAGCUACAGCCCCUAUGACAUGCAGGAGAGCAUUGUCAAGGAAGUUAAGGGGGAUUUGCAGAAGUCCUUCCUAGUGUUAGUUCAGUGCAUAGAAAACAAGCAGCUGUACUUUGCCAAAAAACUGAAUGAAGCCAUGAAGAGUUCAGGAGCCAAGGAAAAGAUAGUAACAAGAAUUAUUGUGUCACGCUGUGAAGUGGACCUGCAAAAGAUCUGCUCUGAAUUCAAGUCCGCUUUUGGAAAGUCUCUCCAAGAAACUAUUGAAGGCCAUACCAAAGGUGACUAUCAGAAGGCGCUGCUCAGUCUCUGUGGACCGGCUGCAUGAAGCUUCGUCAGCAGAGAACUUCAGGAGUUGUGCUCAGACAAAUGGACUCAUGGAAACUACAAAAAAUUAGCAUCUGGAAUCAAUACUAUUAAAGGAUGUUCCUUCUGUAGUUUUUGUUUUUGUCAAAAGAUAAAAAGAAAUGGGAUUUA